AUGGGUUGUUUUAGUAGAACAAGCUGCUGCUAUGUUUGUGGAGUGCUACUGUUUAUCUUUGUUGCUCUUCAUGCUUGUGAAGCUCGGCAGGUUCCCGGCAAUGGAGGGUUUGUGAGAACAAAGGGAACCAGGUUUGUGGUCGAUGGAUCUCGUUUUCUCUUUAAUGGGUUCAACGCCUACUGGAUGAUGCACGUCGCCGCUGAGCCCGCGGAGAGGCACAAAGUCUCCGAGGUCUUCGGCGACGCAGCUGCAGCUGGUCUCUCCGUCUGCCGCACUUGGGCUUUCGGCGAUGGUGGCGACACCGCGCUGCAGAUAUCCCCCGGCGUUUACGACGAACGUGUUUUCCAGGCAUUGGAUUUUGUGAUCUGGGAAGCACGAAAGUAUGGAAUUAGGUUAAUUUUGAGUUUCGUGAACAACUACGAUGACUUCGGAGGGCGAGCGCAGUACGUGCGGUGGGCUCAAGGCGCCGGAGCUUCGAUCAACAGGGCUGAUGAUUUCUACACGGACCCAGUGGUGAAGAAUUACUACAAGAAUCACGUCAAGAGAGUAACCACGAGGUUCAACACCAUCACCGGAACUGUUUACAGAGACGACCCGACGAUCAUGGCGUGGGAGCUCAUGAACGAGCCUCGCUGCCAAUCUGAUUACUCUGGAAGAACAAUUAACGGCUGGGUUGAAGAGAUGGCAGCUUACGUGAAAUCCAUAGACAAUAAGCACUUGCUUGAAAUAGGAAUGGAGGGGUAUUAUGGGGACUCAAUGCCAGAGAAGAAACAGAACAAUCCUGGUUACCAAGUUGGCACAGAUUUCAUUAGUAGCAAUCUCAUCAGAGAGAUAGACUUUGUCACCAUUCACGCAUAUCCCGAUAUAUGGUUGGUCGGACAAAGUGAGAACUCGCAAAUGGAUUUCAUGCAAAGGUGGAUGUCAAGCCACUGGACAGACUCCAAAAAGAUACUAAAGAAGCCAUUGGUGAUUACAGAGUUUGGGAAAUCAAGCAAAGAUCCUGGGUACACUAUCAAUGCUAGGGAAUCCUAUUUGAACAGUGUCUACACAACCAUUAACAACUUCGCCAGAUCUGGAAAUGGAGGAACAAUUGCAGGGAGCUUAGUGUGGCAGCUGAUGGCUCAAGGGAUGGAACCCUACCACGAUGGGUACGAGAUCGUCCUGUCCCAGAAUCCCUCCACUGCUCGUAUCAUUUCCGCCGAGUCUCAUCAACUCACAACUAUGGUGCACGCGUUGAGCAGACUGCAUGCUCACCGGGUUCAUCAUUGA